AGCUAGGGCUUUUAGGGGCAUUGCACUUUGCUUGUUGAGAGGCAAUGAGGCUGUGUAUGGAUAUUGCUGUGCCACUGCUGGCUAUGGUGCACAUGACCUACAUCUGUGAAGCAGCUCUGCUGAGGAAAUCCACAGCGGCUGACUUCCUAAGACCAGUAAGAGAGAAGCGUGCUGCAGAGUGUUUCCCUGCAGGCUGCAGUAUGGAGGACAGUGAGGCUGAGGAGCUACUGGAGGCCAACUCACACUAUGUGAGUUCAGGCUGGCAGACACACUGGAGGAUAGACAAAGGACAGUUCGAAGAUGCUGUUGAAUGGCGGCACUGGGGCAGGGGUGAACUCGAGUCCUGGUAGUGAGGCUACAGUGGAGGAAGGCUCAGGGAUGUAGUCCUGGGAUGUACUGUAGCAUCAUCAGGCAAACGCCAGGAGAGCUGCAGCAGACAGACAGGAGAUGCAUGGGUCUUAUCUAUAAUGAAUGACAAAAUGCAAGGCCAAAUAUUCCACUUUAUUAAUCAUUAUCUUUUGGGAUGGGUGGAAUUAUAAAAACUUUAAAUACUGGAAAUAUAGAAUUCCAAGGUCAAGUGAAAGAUGGAUUUAUUCUAAUAUUGUUAUUCUCUCUGCUUUGUCAAACCAUUUGAUUUAUGAUUUGUGAGUCUUCCUAAGAUUUGUUUCACAGUAUUUCUUGAUUUUUAACAAAAAACGGCUAACACUUGUUAUGUUAGUUAAAGAAUCAGAUAAUUGCCUACCUUCAUAUUGGUGCUUCGUAAGAAUGGUGCUCAGUACUUCAUUGAUUUUGCAAGUUAUCUUCGUAGAAUCAUAGAUCUUAAACUGCAUAGGUACAGUUCUUUAUAAGCCAUGAAUUGUCCAAAGGAAAUAUUUCCCACUUUGACAGUUAAGAGUGGUAAAACUUGAACUAUGAGAAGUAAUUGAAGUUGAUAUACUAAAUUAUAUUAUGUGGAGCAAUGGAAAAUAUUUGUAUAAUAUUUUGAAAAUGUACUUUUUGAAGAUUUGCAAACAAAAUGCUUUUACCAUUUACAACUAAUUUUACAAUAUUUCUUUGUAAUGUGCCUAGUCCCAAGUCAAAUAUUAUAGGGAAUUAUCCCUGACCUGUAUUACCUGUAUUUAAAUAUCCAACUUACUGAUUUAGAAAUAUAUAGGCAGGCCUACUUUCGAAAUGUCUGUGUAAAUAUCUCAAUAAAUGCAUAUUUUAAUCAA